UUUCAGAUAAUACUAAUAAUUUGGUUAAUAUCAUAUUAGCUUGUUCAAAUAAUGUACUUUAACCUAUAGUUACCAUACAAUACACUCCUCUUCUAGCAAACCAAGCAUUUACUGAAAUUGUGAAUUAUCUAAAUAGUUUUAUGACCUUAAAGUCUUUAAGCUUAACCAUCAUACCGUCCACAAGUUGUAAAUUUAGAGGCGGAGCUACAAUUUUGAGUUUAUAGGUUCUGAAUUUUCUAUCGGCCUGAGUUUUUGAUAAAUAUUUUUGAGCAUAUUAAGUGUAUUAUUGAUUUUUAAGUAUCAAAUCUAUAGGGUUUGAACCAAAACUUAGUAGCCCUUGCUUGGAAUUUGGUGAGAGAUUCCACAAGCUCUUUGCGAAAUAAAAAUGAGCUAAAGAGUAGAGAUUUUGUAUGUUGAUAAAAAGAUUUAGUAAUCAGAAUUUUCUGCUAAAAAUAGCUCAUAAUGUUGAUAAAAAGUGUAUCAGGGUUUGUUAUUUUUUGGAAAAAAAAUGGGGUAAGGGAAGGGGUAACGAAUGUGUACACUCUACCCUUUGAGCCAAGGGUAUUUCGAAAAUAGUCUCUCUACCUGACAAGGUAGGGGUAAGGUCUAUCCACACUCUACCGUCUCCUGAUCCUACUUAUGAGAUUAUAGUGGGUAUGUUGUUGUUGUUGGGGUGAGGGAACAUGAAAUGGGAAAGGGUCAACAAGUUGAUAGUCAGGUAGUCAACCAACUUCUUGGGUAAAAAAAGGGGUCAAGUUCUUACAUUUUUUCUUUCUUUUUUAACUGGGUAGAUGUCUAUUUGUUAGUAAUUUGGAAAGCCACAUUGGCAUUUUAGCUAAAUUUAUCUUUUAAGUGACCAAUCAUAAGUUCAAUGGUUUCAAAGUGAUAAAAAUUAGCUUACUGAUUUUGUAAAAAUAAUCUUGAGGAAUGAGCCCCUAAUUCCGGUUUGAUUGUUACUGAUCAGUUUCUUCAAAGUGAGCUAACAGACUUUUCUCGAACAUCUAAUUGUAAGGAUUAUAUCAGAUUGACCAAAGUUUUAUUAUGAAGUAUGUUCAAUAUAAUAUAUAAAAAUGUAACUCUUGUACUUCUAUUAUUUCCUUUUUUAGUCUGUUCUUCUUGAACCGAGGGUCUAUUGGAAACAACCUCUCUACUUUUGAGGUAGGGUUAAGGUAUGUGUACACUCUACCCUCCCCAACCUCACUUUGUGGGACUAUACUGGGUAUGUUGUUGAAUUCCAUAUGACGAUAUCAUUAUACAUAUCCCUAUCUAUAUAAACUUUGUAUUAUUAUAGAUGACAUCGAUAAUCGAGAUGUUCUUUACUUAUCAAAAAAAAAAUGUGUAUAUGUACUUUGUACAAGAAAUUGGUUAUAAAACAUUGUGAAAAACUAGUAAGAAAUCUUUAAGAGAUAGUCUAUGUUGUUCGAACUCUCCAAAAUUGUUGCUGCAUCCGUGUCGAAUUCUCCAUAAAUGCACUACUUUUGGAGUAUCCGACACGCACCCGUAACAUUUUUGAAGAGUCCGAGCAACAUAGGAGAUAGUAUUAUUAUCAUAGUAAUAGAGACCUAAAUCAUUUAUACUAUAUUGGAAUAUUAGGAAGAUGAGGAUACUUAUCUAUGUCUGGUCAUGAAGUCUACAAAGCGGGAUGGAAUUGGGCUGCAGAGAUAUAAAUGAUGUAUGAUAUUCGAAAUGAGGAUACUUUAUCUAUGAGUUUGAGUAUGCUUUUCUCUUGUGAUGUGUGGAAAGCAGACAAAGGAGACUAGAAGUAUGGGAUCCGAAAUUGCCUAUUUUCUCUAAGCUGGUUGAGAUAUUUGGUUUUCUAAUUUACUGCUAUUGGGUUUCUUUUAAAAGUGUUCCUGAACUGAGAAAGUAGUAAGCAGUAGAUUUUGAUAUUAUGUCUUAACAAUGGUGGAAAAGAGUUCGUAUACUAAUCAGAACCACGUAUUAGAACUUCCUUAGAGUGAAAACCUUGGUGUAUUGAAUAAGCGAUAAGAAACAUUAGCUGACAUGAUCUCCACAUUCCUCUUUUUAAUGUUCUGUUCCUAUUUAGCUUGUCUAUGGUGAAUUUUUUUUCUUUGGUUUAAUCUUUGGCAGAGCAAAGUGCAAGUGAACAAGGAACCCUUUAGGAGAACUUCAUGAAGCAACCUUUCUCAAAAAAGAUCUUCAUGAAGCAACAACAACAACAACAACAACAAACCCAGUGUAUUCCCACAUAGUGAGAUCUGGGGAGGGUAAGAUGUACGCAGUCCAUACCACUACCUUCGGAGAAGUAGCAAGGCUGUUUCCGAUAGACCCCCGGCUCAAGAUAAGAUAAGUAAUCACAACCGUACAAAACGCAUUGAACAAGAUGGAAAGACAUAAAAAUGCCCCUACAAUGGAAAGUAAACAAAGAAUAGUAGGCACUCGUAAUACAGCAUGCAACAAGGUAGCCUAACAAGAGUAAUACACCAAACAGGUAAUGCCCUACCCUACCUAUCCCCCCUAGUAAGACCACACAUCCAAUGUAACAUCCGCAUUUCCGCCACCUUCAAUUUUUGAAUAUGAGAGUUCUUGAUUGGCCAACACUCCGCUCCAUACAACAUGACCGGGCGGAAGAUCUUCAUGAAGCAACAACACUAUAUACUACUGUUGCUGUUUAUUGGCUCUUUUCUGUCAUUGAUAUUACUCGUGAAGCAUCUUGAUCGGGAGGAGAUUAGCUUCCAAGAGUUCAAAAACGAGCUACUUGAACCUGGUCAUGUUGAUCGAGUUGUUGUUGCUAACGAACAAGCCACAGUUUAUAUAAGGAACUCUUCACCUGGUAAUAAUCAAAUUUGUGAUGACACAGUUCAAGGUCCUACAAGUAGCACAAAUGGUAGUAGAAACCUGAGUCACCACAAAUACUAUGUCAACAUUGGGAGUGUCGAGUUAUUCGAGCAGAAGCUUAAGGAAGAACAAGAGACCUCUGGAAUAGACCCUCACAAUUACGUCCAUGUGGUAUAUGUUAAUGAGUUGGAUUGGUUCCCAGAUAUGAUGUUUGGUGUAAUCAUAUUGCUUCCAGCUAUCUUUUAUUAUGUGAAUUGGAGAGGUGUUCGUGGGAAAUUUAGUAUUGGUGAAGCGUGUUUCAUGAAGAUGGACAAAAAUGCAAAGAACAAGGUACUCUUUAAGGAUGUGACUGGAUGUGAUGAGGCUAAGCAAGAAAUCAUGGAGUUUGUCCACUUCCUUAAGAAUCCCAAGAAGUAUGAGGAGUUAGGAGCUAAAAUUCCUAAGGGUGCUCUUCUAGUGGGUCCUCCUUGGACCGGUAAGACACUUCUAGCUAAAGCUACAGAAGGAGAGUGUGGUGUACUUUUUCUCUCUAUGUCUGGUUCGGAUUUUUUGGAGAUAUUUGUUGGUGGUGAACCAGCUAGAGUUAGGAGCUUAUUUCAGGAGGCAAGACGAUUUGCACCUAGUAUUAUUUUCAUUGAUGAGAUUGAUGCAAUUGGCGGUGCAAGAGGGAGGGGACGCUCUUCUGGAGGAAAUAAUGUACGUGAAAGAACUUUAAAUCAACUUCUUGUAGAAAUGGAUGGAUUUGCAACCUCAUCUGGUGUAGUUGUUCUUGCUAGCACAAAUCGACAUGAUAUAUUAGACAAAGCAUUGUUAAGGCCUGGUCGAUUUGAUCGCCAGAUUACUAUUGGCAAACCAGACUUUAAAGGUCGGGAACAGAUUUUCAGAAUCUAUUUGAACAAGUUGAAAAUUGCAAAAGCAGCAUUCUAUUCACAGAGGCUUGCUGCUCUAACACCAGGAUUUGUUGGAGCAGACAUUGCAAAUGUUUGUAAUGAAGCUGCUUUGCUUGCUGCAAGGAGAGAGAGUACCAUAAUUAAUAUGGAACAUUUUGAGGCAGCGACUGACAGGGUGAUUGGUGGUCUAGAGAAGAAGAACAAGGUCAUAAGCAAGCUGGAAAGGAGGACAAUUGCCUAUCAUGAAUCUGGCCAUGCUGUUGCUGGUUGGUUCUUGGAACAUGCAGAACCAUUACUUAAAGUGGCAAUUAUUCCUCGUGGUACAGCACUAGGAUUUGCUCAAUAUGUUAACAGUGAAAAACAUGUAAAGAUCAAGGAGCAGCUAUUUGACAUUACAUGUAUGACUCUUGGCGGGCGAGCUGCUGAGCAGGUUUUGAUUGGAAAAAUCUCAACCGGAGCUCAUGAUGAUUUGAAGAAAGUGACCAAUAUGACGUAUGCCCAGGUAACAGUCUACGGUUUCAGUGAAGAAGUUGGUCUUGUUUCUUUUCCGCAAACAGACGGUACUUCAAAGCUUUAUAGUAAUGAGACUGCAGCACUUAUUGACAAUGAAGUCAGAAAAUUGGUAGCAAAGGCAUAUGAUCAUACUGUACAACUCAUAGAGCAACACAGAGAACAUGUGGCUCAGAUCGCAGAGUUGCUACUUGAAAAGGAAGUUCUCCACCAAGAAGAUCUUGUCCAAGUAUUGGGUGAACGCCCAUUCACGAGUAGUGAGCCCACGAACUACGACAGGUUCAAGCAAGGAUUCGAAGAAGAGAACAAAGAAACCAAAGAUGACACUGAGGGAAAAACCGCACAAGAUGAUGAUGGAUCAUCGCCUGUUAUACCGGAGGUUGUCCCAGUAUAGUUGCGUGGUUUGUCGUUUGCAAUUGUGAAUGCAGGAUAUUGAAUGUCUUAUAGCUGAACCAUUUAUUGAAUGACUUUUAACUGAUGUUGCUGGUAGUUUUUCUUCCCUUCCAUUUUCA